GACUUUCUGUAAAGCUUUUUAUAUGUUGGUUUUGUGUUUUGUUGUCAGCAUUGUGUCAAGAGACUUGUCAAGACAUGAAAUUCAACACACGCUGCCAUGGUGUGUGCUACAUGACAAACUUUAGGAAUCACAUAAAUCAACUGGAAUGGAUUUAAUGUUACCCUCCAAAAACAUAUACGACACAUACAAAGAUGAAAUCUGGAAAGACCUGGGCCCUCUGGACCCCGACUGGUUUGUGUCCCUGACAGCUCAAACAUUCACCAACGAGGGCCUUUUUUCUGAUCAAGAUGACCUGUGUGCCAAUCAAGAAGGAAACUUUAAAACACCUUUCGACAAAACUGCAGUAGAGAGUCAGCUGUUUUCAACCCCAAAAGUGUUCAGACAAAGUCGAAUUGUGUCACCCGAAACUGGGGAUGACCAUUCUUUCACCAGUGAACAAGAAAGAGAAACAUUACCAUGGACGACACAAAGUCCAUGCUUGUUUCAACUGUCAAAAGAGAGGGUCCCAGGUGCUAAAAAUGGAUGUUUCCAGCCUCACAGGCAGGAGAUUUUUGAUCCACUUCAUACCCCACAAAAAUCCCCAGUCAGCUACAGCAAGCAUAUAUCUGAAAGUCUCGGAGUACAGAUUAAUCAGGAUAUAUCAUGGACCAGUUCUCUGAAUACCCCACCAGCAGUACCAUCCACCCUAAUUUUAACAACAGCUGAUGAGAGUCCCUGUCCAGUAGGUGUUUCUGCAGAAAAAGAUGUUGUUUUUGUACGGAAGCUUUUCCCUUCUCUUUCAAAUGCAUCAAAAGUGGUGUCACCCAACAACAGUAGUACACCUACCGUUUCUCAAGGUGUUGUUUCCCCUGAGGCUGGUCUGGAUCCAGAGUCCCACCACUCCCCUCUGAAUGACAGUGGUUGGAAACAAAAGCUGCCAGAUGCUAUUGAGGAUGGAGCUAUUCGCAAAACAGUAGCAAGUGUUCUUGAUGGAGCUGAAAAUGUUCUCUCUAUAUUUUUCAGCAACAGUAGUUCAGCACUGAGAAAAGUAAAAUCAGAAAAAAUCAAAAGAAAGCAAAUCAAUCCAACCAGAGAACAUGGCAUCUGCUCUACAGAUGUCUCGUCAACAAACGAUAAACCGAGAACAGCUGAUCUGGAACCUGGCAGGAUUCCUUCAUCACCACCGGUAAAGACUGGAGAUGUUGGGAUCACCCAGUGGUCUCCAUUAAGUUUAUCUGAAAUUCCACCUUCUACUGUAGAUGCUUCUUGCCAUGAUAACAGUCCAGCUACGCAAGCGGGAAACAUUAUUUUAACAGACCAACUGCGGUAUGACUCUGGCCAGCUAACCAGGCCUUUGUUGAAACUUACAGACUCUGGAUUUACUAAGAAAAAGAGAACAUUUGUUUACACUGUUAGGACAUCAAAACCACAAAUUCAAGGAGAAGAAAAACAGACUCAGAAAAUGGAUUCAUCACCAGUGAUUCCAGAUUACGAAAAAGAAGUUGGGAAAUCCCAAAAUGAAGCAUACGAUUCCUGCAUGGGAAAGAAUGAGGUGCAGAAACGGGGAAAUCUCGCUGAAGAUAUUCUACCUCCCUCUGUACAAGCAAAAGUCCAGGAUCUUGACAUGUCGCAACUUUGCAAAGAAUUUGCACAAGACUUCAGUCAAUCGUCAGACCUCCGUAACCUGAGUAAAGUAGCAGAGGAUAAUCCUGGAAAUGGCUUCUCUCCAUCAGCUUGUCUGUCAGCUGUGAAACGAGCUAAACAGAAAGCAAUGCAAGCACAACUUCACCAUGACUGUAAUGCUGUCAGUGACAGUGGAUUCCAGUCUGCUGUUGCAGCUAGCGCUUGCGUUACUGCAUCAUCAUUUGUUCUUCCUCGCUCAGAGAUGACUGAUCAAAGUAAACAGAUGUCUGAUUUUAAAUCUGAUAUCUACAAGAUCCCUCCUUUCACAUCUACAAAUAAAGGAAAUGACAAGGAUGUUUUACAAGAAACUGAAAUGGAUGCCAAGCUGUCCAGUGCAAUCAAGGAAAGCCAGACACUGGUUCCUGACAGAGCGAUUAAGUUGCACACAGAGAGUACAUCAGCCCAACUACCCAGCAAAGGAACUGAGGAUAACAUUAGUGGUAUUCCCUUAAAUGGUCAAGCUUUUGGCAGUCUGCCAGAGAAAACCACAGUUUCUCUUCCCUCUGACCAUGCAUCAGGAUUCAAAACAGCUUCCAAUAAGGGGAUUCAAAUUUCCUUAGCCAACCUACAGAGAGCUAAGCAUUUCUUUGAAGAGAAUGAUGGGGGGAAAACUCAAUGUGACCAGCCCAGCAAGAGUGAACUUGACACUAAGAAAGAAAUGAGUCAUGGAUCAGAGAAAAUUCCAAACACUAACUCAAACAACCCACCUUCUUCAACUGAAAAAAAUGUGGAUAUCAGUUGCCAGUUAACAGCUUCACAAAAAGCUGAUGUGACUGAGCUGUGUACUCUCUUGGAAGAAGCAGAUAGCCAGUUUGAAUUUACACAGUUUACAAUUGCAAAGGUGAAACAGCACGGUCAAGAAAAAAAUACCUCUCCCCAAAAAGUUGAGAAAGAAUUUGACACCGACUUACUUUCAGGUAUAGAUUUUGAUGACAGUUUUAGUUCAGAAGAAAAGAAUCUGGCAGUAACUGUGAAACAUGACAAAAAGAGCUUAGUCUUAGAUGGUAAAACAAAUUGUGAUACAUCCAACAUUACAAGUACAUCCCCAGGGCUUUUAUUGUCCAGUGCAGUCAAAAACGAAAACUCCUCAACUGAAGUUGCGUCUACCACUGAAAGCUGUAGCCAUAUCCUUUCAACUGAUCACAAAACUGUUGACAGAGCCCUGCACACGGGAACAAGCAAGCGUGAGAACAACAACCCUUUACUUGGCAUGGGAUUUAAGACUGCAGGAGUUAACAAUUUGAAAGUUUCAAAAAUGUGUCUGAGCAAAGCAAGGGCUUUGUUUGCAAAUGUAGAGGAGAAUCUUGUGACAAGUCAAACAUUACCAGACAAGCAGAGACUGGAUCUGAGCACACAGAACAAAACUACUGUAGACCAUCGCAAGGAUAUAUCAUUGCAUGAUAAAGAGUAUAAAUUGAAGGAGUCUCUCUGUUCAGACAAACUGGUCACAAGCAAAAGAGAGGAAAAUACUGCUCAAAGUUUUAAAAACAGCAAGAGGGACACAACCACAUGUCCAAGUGGGUUCCAAAUGGCCAGUGGGAAAGUGGUUACUAUCAAUGCAAAAGCAAUGCAAGAGACAGAGGUUUUUUUCAAAGACUGUGACACUAUGGACUUUUAUGCUGGCCUAUCAAUUAAACAUCAGAAGAGCGCUGAACCGUUGCCUGGAGGUGAUAACAAGACCCUUCUAAAUUGUAAAGAUGUCCAAGUGAUAAAAGUAAACGUUUCUGAAGAACUGAUCAAUGACCCUGAAAAUGUGAAUGCUGGACCAGCUGCACCCCAUACAGAUGUACAACAAAAUGCAAAGAUUCAAAAUGUUGGUUUUAAGAACGCAUCUUUUGGAAAUGAUGCCCCUUUCAAUGAAAACCCUUCGACUGCAAAGGCACUUUCAUCUCUCUCAUGCACAACGUUUAAGAGUAUUGGCUCCUCUGCCAUCAAGAAAUCCAGCAACAAUGUUGGAUUUUGUACAGCCCGUGGAAAGACGGUAUCUAUGUCAGCUGAUGCAGUGAAAAAAGCAGAGUCCCUUUUGAAUGAAAUUAAUCCUCUUGCGGACGCAAACCCACAGCUGAAAAAACAAGGAGAUGCUUUGAGAACAGGUAAUCUCCCCAAAAAUUCCAUUCAGGUUACAGCCCCUAAACUUGGUGGAUUUCAGACAGCCCGUGGCAAAGGAGUGGUCAUUUCAUCUACAGCUCUCAAGAAAGCAAAAAUGUUGUUGAGCGAAUGCGAUGAAGUUGGGGAUGAUAUCAAUGUAAUACCAGCAUGUUCAAACAUGCCAGUUCCUGGUGCACACGUUGGGAAAAGCGGAUUUAUUGCAGCCAGCAGUAAGCCAGUGGCAUUUUCAUAUGAGGCCAUCCAGAAGGCGAAGGCGCUCUUCAGUGACGUCAGUUUCAGUGCAGAGAUUCCAGCUGUUUCAGACCCCAUGAAUAGAGAAAAGAAACAAGGCAAUGCAGAAAAUGCACUGGGAAUGCUUUGUGGUUUUAAAACUGCAGGGGGAGCUAAAGCCCAUGUUUCACAGAACAAUCUGUUGAAAGCAAAACAUCUCUUGACAGAAUUUGAUGAUGGGCCUAUUUCAGCAGGAGCAAUGCAAGAGGCAGAUGCUUUCUUCAAGGACUGUGACCUUAUGAAUAGUAACAAUAGCAUGCCAGUAAAACAAAAGAGAAGUAUAGAACAUGUGAGUGGAAGCAGCAGCAAGAAGAGAAACCUUUCAAGUUUUAAACAAGAUCAACAGAUGACCAUUUCUGAAGAGCCUGCAAUUCUAAAUGUGCCAUUAGUUGUGGACCAUGAAAAGAUGCUGCAUCCCCAUGAUGUGGAGACUCACAAAGAUGAUUUUAAGAACACAGUGGAUUCUAUCAAAGUUGCUUCUUUACAUGGAAACCCAUCUUUGAUGUCGAAGCCGCUUUCUUCUACAUUGUGCACAACUUCAAAGAACAUGAGUUCCUCUGCCAGCAAUGCAUUGGUCAAUGGUAGCUCGAUCCCAAAAGCUAGGUCUCUUUUCGACGAUAGUGAUGUAUUUGAGGACACAAACAAACAGAAAGAAGAAACGUUUUCACUAAUGAACGGUGGAUUUCAGACGGCCAGUGGCAAAGGGGUUACCAUUUCAUCUUCAGCACUAAAGCAGGCAAAAACUCUGUUAAGUGACUGUGAAGGAGUUGAGGAUACACCGACCGAUUGCAAGCUUCCAGUUCCUGGGCCCCCAACCAGGAGUACUGUAUUUCUUGCAGCCAGUGGUAAGUCAGUGGCAUUUUCAUCUGAGGCCCUCCAGAAGGCAAAAUCUCUCUUCAGUGACAUCAGUUUCAGUGCAGAGAUUCCAGCUGUUUCAGACAACAGGAACAGUGAUAAGCAACAAGGCCAUGAUGAGAAAACUGAGAAAAUACAUUGUGGUUUUGCAACUGCAGGGGGAAAAAAAGUCCAUGUGUCACGGAACAAUCUGAUGAAAGCUAAAAACCUUUUAACAGAAGAUGCUGAUGGGAAGUGUCAUUCUUCAAACUCAUACUCGACAUGCCCGCAGGACCCUAAUAAACCAGAUCUAUCAAGGGUUAUUGAUGUGAAAAAAACAUGUGAGCCUUCAAACGUCAGUGGCAACGACAUGCCUACUGGGUUUUGUGACCCGUUGAUAGCUGUUCAAAACCUGCCUGAUAGCAUUUCUAUUAAAGACAAGACACAUACAGAUGCAUUCAAGUUAAAAGAAGACAAAAUUAGCCCAGCAAUGGCUGGCAACCUCCAUGACAGCCCUGAAGAGGAAAUGUCCAUUGUGUUGGACUAUGAAACAAAUCAGACAAGUAACAGCAAGGGAUGUAGGAUCAAACGGCCACAAGAGUCUUCUGUUCUUAACGUUCAGUCACUUAACCUAAGCGGCUGGACUGAAACCCAGCAGAAGUUUUUUGCCCAGGAAGCUCUGGACUGCACUAAAGCUUUGUUAGAGGAUGAAGGUUUAGCUGGCCAAAGUCUCUCAAUGACUUCAGAAAAUGUGCCACUGCAAGAAAACCCCAAAUCCAGCGUCAGAUCUGCCGGGGAGCGAACAAGAACAGGGAAAAGAUCAGUCGAGGACUCUGAUAUAGCUGGUCAGCCUCCCCUGAAAAGACGAUUACUGGAAGAGUUCGACAGGUCUGUUGAUGGUCCCAAAGGUUCAACUCUCUGUCCGGAGACGAGUUGUCCAACCGGUGUGAUGAAAGACCGAAGGGUUUUCAAAUACAGCGUCUCCCUCCAUCCAAACAUUACAAAGCCACCCGGAAGUGGAAAAAACUAUACUGAAACCAGAUUGCAAAAGAUGACACCACUACAGCCAUCGAUCCCAAGAGACAGCAGAUCAGCACAUCCCAAGACGCCAGCGUUUGUUCCUCCAUUCCUCAAGACUGCAAAGACAGAGAGUCAAAAGAAUGCAGUGCUCAAGGUCAACCCAGGAACACUUUCUGCAUUCGUUCCUCCAUUCAAGAAACAAAGAACUAUUGUCCAAGAGAGCUCCUCUAAACCACAGGAUGCAGAAGAUAAUAUCCACCAUCUCUUUGUAACGCCCUUCAGCUGCAACACAUUUGUGCCACCCACUAAGACAACACAGAGCACUACAGAUGGAACUGGUAAUCAAAGCAAAGAAGACACUCAGACGGUGUCCUUUGAUGGCACUAUAAAUAAAAGUCUGAAUAAUCAGAACCUUACAGUGGGCUGUGCAUCAGAGGACUCUUUUGCCGAGGCGUCACAAAUGGAAGAUACAUUGUCCCCAAGCCAAGACAUAUUUCAGAAUUUGCAUAAUGUUGAGCUGGCACGAGAUAUGCAAAACAUGAGGAUCAGGAAGAAGAAGCGUCAGACCAUUCGACCUUUGCCGGGAAGUUUGUUUCUUACCAAAACCUCAGGAGUGUCGAGGAUACCGUUAAAAUCCGCAGUAAACGGAAAUCCUCCUGCGAGAUACACCCAAAAACAGCUGUAUGGUCACGGAGUUCAUCAGCACGUGUUUGAGAUCACCAGUGAGACUGCAGAAUCUUUCCGCUUCAAUUUACAGCAGUUCAUCAGACAGGAAGCAUUAAUAGAGGGAGGCGGUGUGCAGCUUGGUGAUGGAGGGUGGCUAAUCCCCAGCAAGGACGGGACUGCAGGGAAAGAAGAGUUUUAUAGAGCGUUAUGUGACACGCCUGGUGUGGAUCCUAAACUAACAAGUGAGGCGUGGGCGUACAAUCACUACCGAUGGAUUGUGUGGAAGCAGGCCUCCAUGGAAAGAUCAUUUCCAGAAUCAAUGGGCAGCCUCUGUCUCACUCCAGAGCAGCUUCUCCUUCAACUGAAGUACAGAUAUGAUUUAGAGGUGGACCACAGCCGCAGACCGGCUCUGAGGAAGAUCAUGGAAAAGGACGACACAUCAGCCAAAACCCUAGUCCUGUGUGUGUGCAGGGUUGUCUCCAGGGGUCACUCCACAAACAGACAGAGUUUCAGUGACACCAAGACUCCAAACGAUGCUGAUACCAAGGUCGAAAACCCAUUUGCAGUUGUGUGGCUGACAGAUGGAUGGUACGCCAUUAAAGCCCAGCUGGAUGAACCUUUGACUGCCAUGCUCCACAAAGGUCGAGUGUCUGUCGGGGGGAAGCUGAUCAUCCACGGCGCUCAGCUGGUGGGAUCACAGGAUGCUUGUGCUCCUCUGGAGGCUCCUGAAUCUCUCAUGUUAAAGAUAUGUGCCAAUAGCAGCAGACCCGCACGAUGGGAUACUAAGCUGGGAUUUCACAAGGAUCCACGGCCAUUCCUGCUUCCUAUCUCCAGUUUGUACAGCAAUGGAGGACCUGUAGGAUGUUUGGACAUUGUUAUCCUGAGAAGCUACCCUAUACAGUGGAUGGAGAGGAAAACAGAUGGAGGUGCCGUGUUUCGCUCGGUUCGCGCAGAAGAGAAGGAGGCGAGACGACAUGAAUGCAACAAACAAAAAGCUAUGGAGAUCCUGUUUGCUAAGAUUCAGGCGGAAUUUGAAAAGGAGGACAAAGGUAAUAGCAGACCUCAGCGUAGAAGACGGACAAUCAGUCGUCAAAGUAUUGCAAGUCUUCAAGAUGGAGAGGAGCUGUAUGAAGCAGUGGGGGAUGACCCAGCUUAUUUGGAGGCUCAAUUGAGUGAACGGCAGUUGGAGACUCUACGUGCCUACAGAUGUUCUCUGAUGGAGAAGAACCAGGCUGAGCUGCAGGAUCGCUUCAGACGAGCUUUGGAAAAUGCAGAAGAGAGUGAAGGUAGCUGUCCAAAGCGAGACGUUACUCCUGUGUGGAGACUCUGCGUCACGGACUCCAUGGACCAACAUGGCAGUGUUUACCAGCUGAACUUUUGGCGACCUUCUUCGGAUCUUCAGUCUUUACUGAAGGAAGGCUGUCGAUUCAAAGUCUAUAAUCUCACCACUUCAGAUGGAAAGAAACAUGUUGGUAACACAACUGUUCAGCUGACUGGGACAAAGAAAACGCAGUUUCAGGACCUCCAGGUCUCUCAGGAAUGGUUAUCAACACAUUUUCAACCCAGAGUCUCUACCCAUUUUGUGGAUCUUCAAAACACAGAAAUCCGGCCGCUGUGUGGAGAAGUUGAUCUCACAGGAUAUGUCAUCAGCAUCGUAGAUGGACAGGGUUUCUCUCCUGCAUUUUAUCUGACUGAUGGGGAAAUGAACUUUGUCAAAGUGCGCUGUUUCAGCAGCUUUGCUCAGUCUGGCUUGGAGGAUUUGGCAAAGCCAAAUGUUCUGUUGGCUCUGAGCAACCUGCAGCUGAGAGGACAGUCCACAUCUCCUACUCCUGUCGUGUACGCUGGAGAUCUGACUGUCUUUUCCAGUAACCCCAAGGAACUUCAUCUACAAAAGUCUCUCGGCCAACUCAGAAAACUGGUCCAGGGUGAGGAUAACUUCUUUACAAUUGCUGAGGAGAAGCUUUCACAUUUAGUGAGAUCUGAUGGCACGAGUUCCGUCUUUUCCCCAGCUCUGCAAAGACAAAGCACAGCUUUCACAACAGUCAGAAGACUGGACACAAAGACAAGUGUGACAUUUCAGCAGCCAGUCCGAAGUCUUGGAUCCUUCACACCUGUCAGCAGGAAGCCUCCUGCAGCACACUGUUCCUCAGAGAAAGACCCUAACAGCCUGAAGAUGAAGAGAGCUCUUGACUAUCUGUCUCGUGUCCCGUCACACCCACCUCUCUCCCCGUUUGGCUCGGUGGCUUCACCAUGUUUAAAUAAGACAUUCAACCCCCCUCGGAGGUCUGUGACUGGGACACCUAGCACUUUAAAAACUGUACAGACUCCAGCUCAGAAACCUGUUGAAACUCCAGUGGAGGAUGAAUGGGUGAAUGACGAGGAACUGGCUAUGAUUGAUACUCAAGACUUACAUGUUGCUGAUUUACUGUAGGUACACAAGACUGUGAGAUUACAAGCAUGCUAUCAUUUUGAAAAGAAAUAAAACUGUACAAAUGACUGAAUGUAAAGGCUUAAAGCCACAUAACACUCAUAUUCUGGGAUUGUUGUUGUAGUCUCACUGGACACAUUAGAGAGAGGAAUUCUCUUCAGGUGACUAAACUCAUGUCAUCACUUCAGUGUACUUUUCUUAUAGAAAGUUCAGAAAGUUAAGAAUCACAUUCCUGUAAUUCGGCUCCAUGAUCCCCUAUUUUUUUGAGGAUAAUUUAAUUAGGUGUGACUAUGCAAGUCCAUUCUAUAAUAAAAUACAUAUCUUAUAAAGGGAAAUGCAAGGCUCAUGAUUGAUAGU